AUGGCUGGAAAGCCUGCUGUUUUAACUCGUGUGGUAGACAGCAUGACUAACAACUUGAGACCUACACGUGCAGUAGCUACUGAUGUUGCCAAUGCUGUACUUGAUGGAAGUGAUGCAAUUAUUCUUGGGGCUGAGACAUUGCAUGGAUUACAUCCAGUAGAAACCGUUUCAACCGUUAGUAGAAUAUGUGUUGAGGUUAAGGAGUCAACUGCCUCAGCUUGUGGACCUCCUGGAACUAAGAUGCAAGUCAUUGGAAUCGAUUAUGGAUGGAUAGAGUAUUUGUUGUUUCAUCAAUGGAUUGGAUACAAAUUUGUUUUAGAGAAGAGGACUGACCCUCUAGAAUGGGACCUCUUGAAACCUGUUCCAUUUGACAUCGAUGCGAGGCCACUAGAAACCAUGCUUGGGCAUAAUUCUGAUGUCCAUUAUAUGCACAUUUGUACAAAGGUCAGCAUUCAAUCGGUUAUUGUAGAGGUUGAAAAGAGCUCUUUUGCAGCUUUUGUACUAUUAGAAGAUGCCUAA